AUGUCACUCGCUCUCAAUCCCUUGCGAGCCUCAUUUUUUCCUCUAGCGAACUUAGCAUGGCGUCCCACGACGGCAUGGGCUGUACUUAGACCUGCUGCACUUCUUUCACCAUUUCACCUCGCGAUUCCCUCAUGGAACUCACUCCUCGAGCUUUUCCCUCCUAUUUUAUGGGCAGUUCCUAAGAAGAAGGUCUCGCAUUCUCGGAAAGCCAUGCGCUCAGCGCACAAGGGUUUAAAGGACAAGUCGAAUAUUGUCAGCUGUCCGGGUUGCGGGUCGGCGAAAUUAGCACACAACAUAUGUCCAAAGUGCUACUCGCAAAUAAACCGAGAUUUUAAACGGAAAGCGCGAGAAGCGGAAGAUGUCGAGUAUAAAAGCUGAAGGCAAACAGCUGAUUGGCAUUUCGUCAGGAGCUGAGGCAGAGUCACUCUUAGCAACACCUGCAGAAUAUCCUCUCAUGUUAUUUGGAUAUCCUCCUUUGCACUAAUGUAACUGUCGAAG